AUGACCAAGAAGGGGGGUUGGGGGCUGUAUAGACAACAAGCACCCUUCUUGGGCUACACUGGUACCCUUUCCCCACCCGUGCAGGCUGGCCUCAAGCCCAUGCCAGUGGUGUCUGACCAAGACAUCUCAGCUGAGCCGCGGUUUGAAGGCUGGCGUAGGUUCUCGUCGCUGCUCGAUCAACUACCGAGAGCUCUCCCACAUCUCAGAUAUCUCCACCUGACCCUUCUCGGCGAAUGGUUUCCACCUCAGAUGGCUGUCAACGACAUAGUACGGCAUUCUGAACCAGCCAUGAUGAGCCCCAUUGAUAACAUGAUGAGAGAGCUCUACCAGAAGUGUGGGUGGAGCUCCACGAGGUAUAUAGUGGCCAUACCCGCGAAUGUCUUCCAUACCCGGUUGUCACUCAUCUCGCCGGCCCUGGAUCACAGAUCACAAGUCGUCCUCGAGCCAUCGCCGAAUCGCAAGCUACUUUGGCGCUCGUUGGAACCCGAGCGCAUUGGUCGAUCUGACGUGAAAGAUGACCAGGGAUAUUGGUUGGAGGAUGCUUUGGACAAAGUGAGAGAGCUGACAAGUGUAUUCCGUGUGGAGAGCGUCCCAGUGCCCAAUAUUUCACUUGCUGGGGACUGGUAG